ACAUGAAACUAUAUUUUGUUCCAUAAACAUAAACGGAAAUAACGCUAGAAACUAGUCAUAAAGAAACUAGUAGCUAUGGGCGUGGUUAGAACAGCAGUAUUAUUUUGCUUAUAUUUAAAUUUUGGUUAUUCCACUGGAGAUAAAGAGCAAAAUAACCCAGCAGUAGUAAAAUUUAAAAUGAACGUAGACUACAAUAAGCCUGAACCAGCUCUAGUCGCGAGCGGGAGACGCCGACACCACGAUGAGAAGAAAGCUUUCAGAAUCCGGAACGAAUACCUUCUGAACCUCAACAAGGAGAACUUGAGGAUUCGUGGUGGAAAUACCACCGAUACUAAGAACUUCCCCUACAUAGCUGCAAUCAUUAUUAACGGAAGGCUAUGGUGUGCGGGCACUAUUGUUGAUGUGAACUGGGUGCUAACAGCUGCGCAUUGCUUGAAUUACGUUCUCCACGUCGCACCAAUGAAAACAUUAGGAAAAUAUGUCAAAGUAAGAGUGGGCAGCGCGCAACCACACGAGGGUGGUCAGCUCGUGGACGUCACAGGAGCUGUAAGACAUCCCAAAUUCGAAGAGGAACCAGUGCCACACGCAGACAUUGCGCUGUUGAAGCUUGCUGAGAAUCUGGAAUUCACGAUGCAUAUAAAUUUAAUCAAGAUCUACACUGGAAUGAAGGAACCUUACGCACAAAGUUUCGUUGCAGUUACUGGUUGGGGAGCUACGCGCGGUUCGGUCACAGCUUUUAGGGAUCAUACACCAGAUCUGAUGACAGCGCGUCUAAAAGUGCGAACGCGUGGAUACUGCAGUGACGCCUACCAGCUCGUCAGCGGCUUCCAAUUCACGCCUGACUUCUUCUGCGCCUCCUUGAGGAACGGCACUAGAGAUGCAUGCUUGUUCGACGCGGGCGCCCCGGCUGUACAACAAAACCGUCUGAUGGGAGUGAUGAGCUUUGGACCGGAACGCUGUGGACAUGAAUUUCAGCCGGCUGUAUUUAUCAAGGCGUUUUACUUUAGGGACUUCGUAAAGCACACGAUCUCGUCAUACAAAACAACAGGAGAGUUGAUCGAAGCGAUGAAGGACAUAGACCCGGUGGUGCGGCCGCCGGUACACGUCGCCGACGACACGGAAGAUGUUGCGAACCCGGACGAAGUCACGGAGCCGGACAGUAGACACGAUUGAGCAUUCAUUGAGGCUUAGGAUGUGCAUGAAGCCGGAGCCGCACCAGCGCCGUACUGCUGCUGCUAUUUUAUUACAUUACAAAAAAUUAAA